GAAGAAGAGCGAGCCGCCUCUCGCUGCGCUGACCAGCAGAGGACGCUGUGAUUCUGUGUGCUCUCCUGUAGGUCAGAAUAACGCGUGCGAGUGACCUCGUGGAGUAGCGUGUGUCGUGUGUUCGUGACAGCAGCAGCAGCAGAGCGAUGCGUCCGGCGCAGGACAGCGGGGCAGCAGGCGCGCAGCAGCCGGCCAGCAGCGCGGCGGACUCGGCCUACAGGAGCCCCGGGCUCCGCGGCGUCAGGACCACCUCGCUGUUCCGCGCUGUGAACCCCGAGCUCUUCAUCAGACCUAACAAGCCGGUGAUGGCCGUGGGUCUGCUGAGCCUCACGCUGUGUGUUGGGUACCUGGGCUAUCUGCACGCGGUCAGAGACAACGAGCAGCAGCUGUACGAGGCUGUGGACAGCCAGGGAGAGAGAUACAUGAGGAGGAAGAGCUCCAGAUGGGACUGACCGACAGAACCAGUCCACUUCUGACUCGGGAAUCGGUUCUGUGUGUUUGCACUGAUAAACCGGAUCUGGUCACGUCAGUGGAAGUGAUGCUCUCUGCCUCUGGUUCAUGCUGCAUGUCUCGUAGUCCACUUCAAACUGCACAGCUCUCCUUAAUUACCCACCAACUCUUACUUGCAUACCAGCUUGGGCAGGUUUGAAUCGUACGGCUGGGUUUAUAUGCAACAAUAGGACUUCUUUUGGGAGAACUGCCAAGUUAAUUACAUUAUCCUGAUAAAUGGGUCGUAUAGCUGAGUUCUCUAUUUACAGUGAAACUUUUAAACAUGCACAUUUGAAUAUGCACAAAUGUUUUGGGCUAAAGAGUGAAGUAAAAGUCUGACAUAACUAUAUUUAUAUACUAGGGCCAAUGACAAAUAAAGCUUUUAAAAGAUUUUCGUUUUUGAAAACAAUGUGUUUAAACAAGUUUCAUUUGUUAAAAACAUUUCAAAGUUUUUAACUUUACCACCUACAAAAAGAAUGACAGGUGGUGCGACCAAAUAUUAGUAAAUAUAUUUAUAUUUCUUAGAUUUUUCCUUUUUUUGUGAAAUUUCUUAUUUCUAUUAUUUAAUUAUUAUUAAAUCUAUUUAUUAUUAUUAUUAUACUAUUAGUUAUAAUUAAUAUUGUUAUUAAUCUAAUUAAGGGUAACUUUGCUAAGAAAGAAAAUUAACAUUCUAACAUUAAAAUUCUACAGUGUUUGACACAAUAUUUUGUAGCUGUGUAUUUUAUUCAUAUUAAUUUAGAAUUAUUGCAUAAUAAUGGCUGGGUAUUUAGUCAUUUCAGGAUCUGGUUUUACUUUUAAAAACAAAAAUAGUCACACAGGUAUACAAAUACAUGCAUUUAAUACAGUAACUAUUCACAAUCUAGUUUUAACUUUGACCUAUUUUUUUAUUUAAAUUUAUUUAUUUAAAUUAAGUUUAAAUUUAUUUUAUUUAAACUUACCUGGUUGAUUUUUUUUUUUCAUUUCAUUCAGUUACAUAUAAAAAAUACAAAUGCAAGUGUUUGAUCAACAGUCUUUGUUGCAAAAGUAGUGAACUGAUCAAAAAUGUAAGAACGAGUGCAAUAUAUUGAUUAGACGCACCGUAAUCAAUUGUGAUUGAAUAACAACAAAGUUGUUUCAUAUUGAUACAAAAACAAAUAAUAAAUAAAAUCACCAGCUUAAGUCCAUUGAGAAUUUUCAUUUAAAAUAUCAAAAAUGCAUUCAUCAGAAAUGCUUCCAAUAUUUUAAAACAUGAAAUGCUUAGCAGCUGGAAUGGAACAGUAUAUAAUAACCACUAAACAAGAACGGAUGGGGAUUUAACAGCAGUGUAAUGGUUGACAAAAUAGUUUCCCUCCUUUUUCUUCCUCUGAUUACUAAGAAACAUGAGAAUAAACUGCCGUAUUAUCAUUGGAAAAUCUGAAGGGGCUGACUGCUGGACAAAAGUAAUACAAACAAAAUAAAAUGCUAUCAAGACUUAUCACAUCUCUUUUCUUUAUGCAAGAUAUGCUUCUCUUGCAACAAACAUUUAAAAAAAAUUAAGAUAUUUUAGAAAAAUAAUACACAAUCGUAGCUUUAAAGUCUUUUUUUACUUUGCUUAAAUAAUGCUUUUUUAAUUUAUAUAGGGAUAUUCAAUGAUUCUUUAGUGUAGCUCGCUGGAUGAUAAUCAGGCAGCAGCUCACACAAUAUGCACAUUACACCUCUUAACAUCACUGCUGCUCAAAGCUCGAGUGUGUGCUGCUGCUUCACUGAGCAAUCAGAAGAACUCACACAGUGGAGCAUGAACCUGAGACACCUUUCAGCUGCUGCUUCAGUGUCUUUCUGCUGUCAAAUCAUGACUGAUUUUGAUCAAGUAAGCGUUAGAAUAACUGCAGUCAUGUCUCCAGAUGAACAGUUACUGGACUGAAGCAGCUCAGCUUUACUUGAUUCUCCAUCAAUCAUUUUCUAGAAACAUCAGAGCGUCUCAAAUCUGAUCCUCAGGAUCUUUUGAGGAGCUUUACUCUCACUGUUCCUCAGCGGAGGAAUGAUCUUCAUCUCACAUCUUCUGAGGAGCGUUUAUCUCUUCAUCUCUCAAUCAGCACUGCAUUAUAUGUUUGGAUCAUUUACAUCUCAUCUUACUGAGACAUAUUACUGGAGAUAUAGAGCGACGACUGAUAUUUAGAUCAUUUUAUGUCAGUGUCUGCUCCACUGUUAUAAAGAUCUCAUUGAUUUACAUUACAAGCAACAGAAUUUCAUCACAUAAAUAUCAGCAUCUGCACUAAAUUGCAUAUCUUCACUCGAUUUGAGUCUCUGAAUAAAAUUGAGCUGUUUUCCCAUGUUCUCACUAUAUCACAUAAGUUUGAUGUACCAAAUAUACUCAAAAUAAAACGCAUAUAUACCCAUUUUUGUAUUUUUCAUAAAGGGUUAAUAAACUGUU